AUGCCCUCGCAAUCUCUCGCUUCAGCAGGUGUUCCCACUCCACGUGUCCGGAAGAGGCAGCGCGCAUCGCUCGCCUGCGACUUCUGCCACGGUAGAGGCCUCAAAUGUCGCCAAAGUGCAGCCAAUGGCAGACAAGAUUUAGGAAUUUCAAACUGCUUGACCUGCAUGGACUAUGGGGUCGCAUGUACUAUCAAUCGUCCACUGCGACGGCGAGGCCGAAAGCCGAUGGUCCGUCAAGUAGAAGUUCACUUGCAUGACAGUCGGUACAUGCAUCAAUUUCAAGACCAAGCGGAAAGCGAUUAUGCCAAUUCAUCGGACGAUGCUUUUCCUUUCCUGCCAGAGAGCGAUCUAUUGACACGAUGGGAGGACGGGCCAUCCGACCCCGAUAGCCCAUCUUACAUGUUACUUAUGGCACUUUGUGCAGUAAGCUCUCAAACAGCUUCGCUGAACGCAGUCUUCGACGACAAACUGCUUCGGGGCGCUCCGAUUCCGACCUGCGAGCACUAUUUCAACGAGGCGAUAUCCAAAAUACCGACACGCAUGACCCAGUCCCAAGACCUAGAUUACCUGCGAGCCUUUGGUCUUUUGGCCGUGUAUUCUUUGCAGCGCGGUAACCACAAUGACCUCCAUCGCUACCUUGGGCUAUACCAUGCUUUAGUGGCACAGCAUGGCUUUCAUGAUGAAAGUCGCUGGCCAAAAGACUUGUCUAUCACCGAAGUCGACGACCGGAGGAGGCUUUUCUGGUGUAUGUACCGUCUCGAAGUCCACUCCGCUUGCGUCCUUGGUCAUAUCGUACGCAUGCCUGAGUCGCAGAUAUCGGUCCUAUAUCCGCGGAUCUUCCCGACUAUGGAUCCGGAAAAGCAGGCAUGGACUGCGGGGUGGGACUACAUCACCGACCUUUUCCGCCUCCUCGAAUACGCCAUCUUUAGUCUACGAGGAUGCAAAAACCGCAAGGCUGCCCUCGCUGUAUUCUGCGAACGGCCGUCUCCUGCCACGCUGCUCGAUGGACUAGCUCGCUUGAAAUCGAAUAAGCCACGCAUACUCCUAGAUCCGGACGACAACUUUCAGAGCAAUCGCUGCAGAUACAUGGCGGUACAGAUCACCUGCACAGAGACAUUGGUCAACAUUAUGGCAUUGCUAUACUGCCAAGCCCCGGCAUGCGAGAUCAUGGAAAUCACAAAGGCACUUAUUGAAGAAAUGGAGAGUGCGCCGCUCAUCAUGUUCAAGGUUGCUGGAAGCCAAAUCGUGCACCAACUACUCGGCGUUGGACAUAUGCUCUUCAAUGCUUCACGAUACGAGCACGGCCAACAAAGAGCAGAAGCAGAACGAUUGAUUGCCUUCCUUGGUGACUUGGUCAAGAAUCUGGAGCUAGACAUACCCUCCGCGGCUGAGGCUGGUGAAAGAUUGCAAAGACUUGCUGAAACUAGUUCAUGA